AUUUUUUAAUUGACAGAUGGGCGGGCCCUAGGGAGCGUCGGGUCCGAGGGGCCCCCAGACACGAUCUGUCUUACUUUAGACUCUUGCUUGACAGGCUGCGUUACGGUGAUAUUGUUUGGCAGCCAUACACCGACGAUCUCCUCAGAUCCAUACCCUCCCAGUACCUUGCGGGUUCAGAAGUUUGGCGUGCUCGGGUACCCUUGAUUUACUACAACAUUGUGGAGUGGCACCAGCCAGAUAGAGUAUUGCAGCAGUUUGGGCUUAUUCAGCCUAUCCCUCUGGCCCCAGUGCAGGAUCACCGCCUCCAUUCCCUCCUUUACAAGAGCAGCAACAACUACAUGGAGAUCCUCGGGUAUUACGUACUGAUUUGGCUCCACAGGGAGUCACAUGUCGUUGGCGGUUACCGUUUUGAGCGUCCACCACACUACCAUUCCCAGUACAUGGAGUGGUAUCGGAGACACACCCGGAGGUGGAUUACCUGGCAGGGUGCAGCUGACGGUUCGAGUCGUGAUCUGGCGGAGAUGGUCCACGUCCGGAGAUCUAGCCGUGACUCCAUAAUUGGGUCCGCUGCACGCAGUUCACAAAUGGCGUACAUGGAGGAUCGUCGGGAUGUCACUCUUCCACCGCCUGAGCCAGCAGUCCCGGCAUUUGUACUGCCUCCUCUCCCUCCUUUGACGGUUGACUUGGAUUCCAUUCACGGUCGUCGUAGACAACAGCCUACACCACGCCAGCCUCGCCAGCGUCCAGAUCAGCCUAUACCGCCCCCUGUGUACUAUCAUUACGAUGCAGGAGAGAGCUCGCAGACACGACAGAACUAUUGCGGGCCUACUCAGUUUCAGGGUGACGGUUCACAGUUUCAGCAGCACUCGCAGGUCCCUCCGACCUCAUCGUUCCCGGUACCACCGUCAUCCGGGCCGUUCUUUUACUCCUCUGAACAGACGCCGUAUACCACUCAUCUGACAGAGCCGGCUCAGUAUCGACAGGCUACACCACCCCCAUUUCAGGCACCUCAGCAUGGUCAACCUUCUACCCCCUCUGAUCAGGGUUACCGGCCCGUGUUUUCUUGGCUCGAUCAACCGUCAGCGUCACAUUCGCGUCCCUCCCCUUCCACCCCGGUCGCGGAUCCGUCGCAGAUGUUUUUUUCGAUAUCAGAGGCUUGGUUGAACAGUCCAGGUCUCGGGGAGGGGGGCUCUUUCGAGGCGUUACAGUCCGGUAGUAUUCAGUUUUCGGGUCCGUCCUUCAGCCUCCUUCCGCAGUCACAGGAGGCACCGACUACUGCACCGGCUGCAGAUGAUCAGGAGCUAUCCCUAGACGAUGAUCACGAGAGCGAGGGCGCGCCAGGUGACAGACCGGGUGAUAGACAGUAUCGCGAUCUUACUGAGAGCAGUCUGCGCCGCAGGCAAGAUAUGGGGUACGAUAUGAGGACUCAACUGGAGAAGAACACUAGAUAUCGAGAUUAUUUAUGAUUUUGUUAUUUUUGUAGACACUUUAAAUUUUGUAAUCCUACUUUAUUUUAUCGACUAUUCCGUAUUAUUAUAUCGUUCAUCAUUUUA